AUGACCCCAGCUGAACGAUUAAGGCAGCAUCAGCGUUCACUGCAGAAGGCUCAGCGAGAGCUGGAUAGGGAGAAGGGGAAGUUGGAAGCGCAAGAGAAGAAGACGAUGGCUGAUAUCAAACGUAAUGCUAAAGCUGGAAAUAUGAAUGCAUGUAAGAUCCUCGCCAAAGAUCUUGUGCGAACGAGAAGAUAUAUACAGAAAUUCACUCAAAUGAGGGUACAACUUCAAGCCGUCUCGCUCAGAAUGCAGACGUUAAGGAGUAAUGAGCAGAUGGCUACCGCAAUGAAAGGUGCAACAAGGGCAAUGGGUCAGAUGAAUCGAAGUUUGAAUCUCCCUCAAAUACAGAAAAUCAUGAAUGAUUUCGAGAAAGAAUCGUCUACCAUGGAUAUGAAGGAAGAAAUGAUGUCUGACGCUGUCGAUGAUGCGAUGGAAGAUGAAGACGAGGGUGAAGGUGAAGAAGCAGAGAGUGAUAAGAUAUUGAAAGAGGUUUUGGAUGAGAUUGGUAUGAACAUGAAUGAAUCGCUCGCCUCGGCUCCGACUGCCAAUCCUCUUGCCAACGAACCCUUACAAUCCUCACGGGUGCCAGUUGCCGAAGGUCUCGCAUCUAUGCCAUCCGGUGGUGCCGAUACACCCAAAGCAUCGGGUGGUGGUGGUGGAGGUGGUGGUGGAAUGAGUGCGGAUGAAGCUGAUUUGCAGAGAAGGUUGGACGCUUUGAGAAGAGACUAG